AUGCGGUUCCUGUCAGAACUGCAAUGCCAUUGUGAGGGGUGACACAGUAUCACAUCCAAUGAAGUGGACCCACUUUCCCAUUCGAGGAUGGUAUAACUGUGAAACUAAACAGGUUGUAUACAUGAUAAAGUGCCCAUGUGGCAAGGUAUACAUCGGCCAAACCACCAGAUCUGUUAGAGUUGAAUCAAUGAGCAUAAAAGUGCUAUUAGAAACAUGGCUAAAAAAAUUAUCCAAGAAAGGGAAGUGGAGAGUACUAAAUAUGGUAAAAUCAGUGUGGCAAGACACUUUGUUGAGAAUCAUCAUCAAGUAUGUGAUCGGAGAUGGAUGGUAUUGGAAGAAGUAUGGGAAUCCAGAAGUGAAGAGGUUAAAAGGAUGAUAUUGAAAAGGGAGGUGUUUUAAAUAACCAGGCAGGAUUUUAUGUCCCCGAAUGGUAUUAACGAAAAUGUAGUUUUCUGUGUGCAGGAAAAGCUAUAUAUUAACAACUCACAGUAAAUUUUCUAAGGCCACAAGAGAAUAAAGCCUACCUCAGCCUUCAGGCACCAUAUUGCAGGCUCUAUAGACAAGACUUAUGCAUAGAGCAGAUGUCAGAUGAACUGAGGCAGCAGAUGCACUUCUAGGCACUGAACUACUUAAGAUCUUCUCUGUUUCUAACUUAAACAUCAACACAGUUAUCAGUUAUGUGGUACAAGCUGACACAAAGAAAGCAUAUCUCUGCAAUCUGCCUCACAGUCAUUUGUGUGUUUUCCUCAACUAUCUGUGGUGACGAUGAUGAUGAUGAUGUUGUUGUGACCAAAUCUGGAAAAGUAAGAGGGAUAGAAAUAUUAGUGUUUUCUAAGACAAUCACAGCCUUCCUUGGGAUACCCUAUGCAGAACCACCAAUCGGAGCAUUGAGAUUUAAAAAACCAGAGCCUGUCAAAUCUUGGUCUGAAGUAUUGAAUGCUACAAUGUAUGGCAAUUCCUGUUAUCAAUAUGUAGAUCAAACAUUCCCUGGCUUUUCUGGGUCUGAAAUGUGGAAUCCAAAUACAAAAUUAAGUGAAGACUGUCUUUACAUUAACAUAUGGAUACCAAGCCCAAAGCCAAGAAAUGCCAGUGUCAUGGUUUGGAUAUAUGGAGGUGGUUUCGAGACGGGAACAUCUUCUUUAGAUAUUUAUGAUGGCAAGUUUUUAGCUCGGAAUGAACGUGUUAUUGUUGUGUCACUGAACUACAGAGUGGGAGUUUUGGGCUUUUUGGCUUUUCCAGGCAACUCUGAAGCCCCGGGAAAUGCUGGUCUCUUUGAUCAAAGGUUAGCACUUCAAUGGGUUCAUGAAAAUAUUGCAGCAUUUGGUGGCAAUCCAAAAAGUAUAACUAUUUUUGGAGAAAGUGCAGGAGGAGCAUCUGUCAGUUAUCAUUUGCUUUCUCCUAAAAGUCAUCCAUAUUUUACAAGGGCCAUUAUGCAAAGUGGGACCUCAAAUGCCCCUUGGGCUUCUCUAAGUAGCACAGAAGCCCAAAAUCGAGCUCUGACAUUAGCAAAUGUAUUGAGCUGCUCCUUCAGAAAUGAAACAGAAAUAAUUGCUUGUAUCCGGAGUAAGACUCCACAGGAAGUAAUUGAAAAAUCAUUUUCUAUUCUAACACAUGGGUCAUUAAUAGAAACUAAUUUUCUUCCAACUGUUGAUGGCGAUUUUCUCAUAGAUUUACCUGAACAUCUUCUGCAACUAGGACAACUAAAAAAAAACACACAGAUAUUAACAGGAGUCAAUAAAGAUGAGGGGUCAUAUUUUUUAGUUUAUCAGCUGCCAGGGUUUAGCAAAGACCAUGAAAGUUUUAUAAAUCGAACUCAGUUCCAAGAAAGCGUGAAACUAGCAUUUCCGAAAGCCACUGAACUUGCAGUUGACUCUGUGAUUUUUCACUACACAAACUGGGAGGAUGAACAAAAUCCAGUUCUGAAUCGUGAUGCCAUGGAUGAUAUUGUUGGAGAUUACAAUUUUAUAUGUCCCCUGCUGGAAUUCACAAAGAGGAAUUCAGAAGUUGGAAACAAAGCCUAUUUGUAUUUCUUCAACCACAGAUCAUCAAAGCUAGCAUGGCCGGGUUGGAUGGGAGUUGUUCAUGGCUAUGAAAUUGAAUUUGUUUUUGGAAUUCCAAUGUAUAGAAGACUCAAUUACACAAAAGAGGAAGAAAUACUAAGCAGAACUGUUUUGAGGUUUUGGGCAAAUUUUGCUAAAACUGGCAAUCCAAAUGGGGCACAGUCUCAGGAAAACAGAUGGCCAGCUUUCACACUCGAUGAACAACAUUACCUUAUGUUAGACACAGAAGACUUAAAGACAGAUCGGAAAAUGCGUGCCAAGCAGUGCAGAUUCUGGAACAAAUUCUAUCCCAAAAUCCAGCAGAUAACAGGAAAUAUUGAUGAAGUAGAACGACAGUGGAAGGCUGAAUUCCAUCGUUGGAACAAUUACAUGAUGGACUGGAAAAAUCAAUUUAAUGAUUACAGCAGUAAGAAGGAAAGCUGCACUGGUCUCUAAUUAAUGGUUUUACCCUUUAAAGAAUCACCAUAUUAUGAUUAGUGGGUACAAACAUAUUGGGAGUCAUUUGGAGUUUGGCAUUAUGCAAAUGAACAGCAAAAUGUAUUCAUUAUUCUGGGUAUAAAUAAUAUGCUUUGUAUUACUGUAUGUAUAUUAUCAGGUCUUGUAUUUAAUGAAGAAGAUGAGCAUUUUUUUAUGUAAGCUAUUGAGAAAUUCUGCCAUCAGAAAAGUAACAUUAUGUAUAUGUUGUCAAAUUGAUUAAGAUCUACAGACAUCCUUCAUGUAAUAAAUAGUUAUCAGAACCAGAAAUAUGCUUAAAUAACAACUUUUUAUAUGUUGAUACUGAUGAAAAUGAAAGACCUUUUGUAAUAUGGUUGUUUAAAAAAAAAAGUAAUAUUUAAUAAAGAAAAUGGUCCCUGAAAAAAAUGGAAUAUUUAAUAAAGAAAAUGGCCCCUGAACAAUACCUACUGGGACACUAACUAGUCCUGCAGCAGCAUUAGGCUUGUCCAUAAGUCAUGGACAAGAGAUGACUUAUUAACAAGGCUGCAGGAGCAGACACACCAAUCACCACCCACUAUCACAAGGGAGGGACACGCCCCUUUCCUCUGAGAGGAUUUUCAACACUGUAAGCUAAUAAAAAGAGGG